AUGAAGAGGCGAUUUUAUACCAAAGCUUUCAUCGUGUCCAUAACAUUUAUUCUUUUAAUUACUAUCAUGCAAAGCCUGUUUGUAGUAGAUGAAAAAAGACUUUCCCGAAAGUCGCGUUCAAAAACAUGCUCCCCAACUUCAAGUCCGCAUGCAAAGUCAAGCUGGAAUCUUAGCUCGGCACUACAAGCUGAUAAAGAGUAUGACUUUUCACUUUCUUCAAAAAGUACGGAAACUUUCACUGUCCUUAUAAAUACAUUCAAGCGAAGAAGCUUAUUGAAGCAUGCGGUUGCGCACUAUUCUAAGUGUGAAAAUGUGUCAAACAUAAGAGUGGUGUGGUCUGAACAGGUCAAGCCUCCAUCAGCUUUAAAUCAAACGGAGAUGCAUGAUUAUUUUGCUCGACACUUUGGGUUUGUGCAAUAUGAUACUCACAGAACAACUUCUAUUCAAAAUCGCUAUGCAAGACUCGUAAACUUAAAGACACAAGCUGUCUUCCACGUAGAUGAUGAUGUGAGAAUUCCAUGUCAUAGUUUGGAGAGUGGAUUUCAACAAUGGAAAAAACAUAAGGAUGCUCUUGUAGGCUUUGAGGUAAGAGCUCAUGAAUUAGUAGGGGAUGGAUGCAUCAGCUUUCGCUAUAAUCACAAUCGUUUUGAUAUUUGGUGGAAAAAAAGAUAUUCUAUUACCCUCACAAAAGCUGCAUUUUCACAUGCAAAAUAUCUAUUGCUAUAUGAAACAAAUCUUCCGAGCGAUGUUCGUUCCUACGUCGAUCAACGCACGAAUUGCGAAGAUAUUGCGAUGCAAAUGUUAGUUUCUUCUAUUGUGCGGGGAAAGAGUCUCACUGAGCUCAAAAGUGCAACGGUUUAUGUGCCAGCUUCUACUUUCUACAAGAUUACUUCAAAAUUAGAAAAAAGAAAUAUACAAGGGAUCAGCUCGAAUGUUGGACACAUAGAAACAAGAUCAAAUUGUAUCAGUGACUUAUCAAUUAUGUUUAUGGGAGAUUCUUACCAAACUCCUUUAUAUUAUGCAACUUGA